UGAUAAUCAAUCAUGAUAACCUAUUCUAACAUUCCCCCCAGAUCCUAUACUCCAAAACCUUCCUAUUUAACAAUUGUAAAUCACUCACAAUAUUCUUAGCCUGCUCAACCAAUGUACUCUUAAAAGAUUAUUCCCAUCCAACCUAAAUAGCAUGUACCAACUACAGAAAUAAUUCGCGUCCUCCCAAAUGAAUCCCAACAACCGUAACAAGAUUAAAAUCAAUUCAAUGGAUUGUCAUUACCAGAACUUAGGGUCUUUUUGGAAGAUUUAAUGAAACGUUAUGACAAACUGGCCCAAGAAUUACAAAAGGCAACUCAGAAGGAAAUCUAAUUACAAAAUCAACACACCAUAGCUUAAACUGAAUUGAACAAUAAACUGCUCUAGUUUUAGUAAGAGAGAGAAUCGUUUAUGCAAACCAUUAACAAUAAGAACUAAGAAAUAGAUUUCUUGAAUUCACAGAUAGACUAAUUAAAAGAAUAACAUUUUCAUGAAAUCUAGGAGUUGAAAGCAGAUAAUGAACAAAUUGCUUUAGUCUUAACUGACAAGUUGGAUUAGAUGAAUCAAUUCUCCAAAGAAAAGAUAAUAGAAUUGGAUUAAGCCAAGAGUCUGCUUGUUCUCAGAGAACAGGAAGUGCAAGAAUGGAGAAUAAGGAAGAACAAUGGCGACGUCUAUUCGUAAGAAAUUAAUUAAUUGAAAUAAAAAAUCUAUUUAUUGCAAUAGGAGAAGGAUCAAUUGAUGGAUCGACUAAGAUAUUCUCAACAGGAUUCUCAAUUAGGCAAUGAGAAUUAAAUGUUGAAAGCCUAGUUGCAAGAGAAGGAAUCUGAAGUCAACACUCUGCGUUUAAAAGUAUAUUAUUUAUGUUACCCAGUUGAGAUAUGGCUAAUAAAACAAUAACGAUCAAUAAUUACAGCAGGAAUUGGAAUAAGCCAAAUCAGAGAUUAUGUAUUAUAAGCAACAAUUAAUGAAUGCUGGUCAGCCUGGUAAUUAGGAGGAAAUAGAGGAUUAUAAAGAGAAGAUUCAAAUAUUGGAAAAUGAGAUUAGGCGAUAGAAUAAAUAGGUAAAUGGAUAAUUAAUAUGUAAGUUGACUGAUAUGAGACACGAAUUGGAAGAUUACAAAAAUCAUAAAUCCGAUAACGAAUUCCUGAGAUCUAAAUUGUCAGAUCAAUAAAAUCAAAUAAGAGAGAUAUCCAAAUCGUAAUUGGGAUUUAAGGACAGGAUUCCGCAAUACUACUGA